AUGGCGGAGAUGAAGAUCAUGGCUGCAGGUGCUAAUUUGCUGUUGCUGUUGCUGUUGCUUCAUUGUUUCCAGGCGGCAGUGGCUCGGCCGCAACUUGACGCACAUAGCACAACUGUCCAUGGGAAUAGGAAUGGAGUUUUUAGCGCUGGCAGUCAAAGCAACGUAGAGAAUGAAGUUAAUAUAAACACUGGUAGUCCUGGUGGUGAAUGCUGCGGCCGCAGCAACAAUCCUGAUGGUGAUGGUGAUGGUGAUGCCAAUGGUGAUGGUGGCCGUGGUGGACCUGCAGCUGGAGGCAACACCAGUAAUGGUAAUGGUAAUGGCAAUGGUAAUGUUCCUGUUAUCAAUCCUCCUGCUGCUACCAAUCCACCUGUUAGCAAUCCUCCUGUUGCUACCAAUCCACCUGCUACCAAUGUACCUGUUAUCAAUCCACCUGCUGCUACCAACCCUCCUGUUAUCAAUCCACCUGCUGCUACCAAUCCACCUGCGACUAAUCCACCUGUUGUUACCAUUCCUCCUGUUACCAAUCCUCCUGCUGCAACCAAUCCUCCACCUGUUAGCAAUCCUCCUUCACCUGGUAAUGAUAAUGGUCCUGUUAGAAAUCCUCCUCCUACCAAUCAGCCUGGUAAUAGCACUGGUGAUAGAGGCAACAGUGGAAAUGGAAGUGGAAGUGGAAGGGGUAACAAUCCUAAUCCUGGUAAUGCAGCCAACACUGGCGGUAAUGCCGGUCAAGGUCAAAGUCAAGGUAACAAUUCUGGUAAUGCGGACAACACCGGCGGUAAUGCAGGUCAAGGUCAAGGUAACAAUUCUGGCAAUUCAGGCAACACUGGCAGUAAUGCAGGUCAAGGUCAAGGUAACAAUUCUGGUAAUCCAGGCAACACUGGCAGUAAUGCAGGUCAAGGUCAAGGUAACAAUUCUGGUAAUCCAGGCAACACUGACAGUAAUGCAGGUCAAGGUCAAGGUCAAGGUAACAAUUCUGGUAAUCUAGGCAACACUGGCAGUAAUGCAGGUCAAGGCCAAGGUAACAAUUCUGGUAAUCCAGGCAACACUGGCAGUAAUGCAGGUCAAGGUCAAAGUAACAAUUCUGGUAAUCCAGGCAACACUGGCAGUAAUGCAGGUCAAGGUCAAGGUCAAGGUAACAAUUCUGGUAAUCCAGGCAACACUGGCAGUAAUUCCGGUCAAGGUCAAGGUCAAGGUAACAAUUCUGGUAAUCUAGGCAACACUGGCAGUAAUGGAGGUCGAGGUCAAGGUCAAGGUAACAAUUCUGGUAAUCCAGGCAACACUGGCAGUAAUGCAGGUCAAGGUCAAGGUAACAAUCCUGGUAAUGCAAACAACACGGGUAGCAAUAGUAAUGGUAAUGCAGGUCGCGGUAACAAUCCUACUCCUGGUAAUGCAAGCAAUUCUGGCAACGCCGGUACUGGUAAUAGCAGAGGCAACACUGGAAAUUCUAAUUCUAAUUCCAAUCCUAAUCUUAAUCGGCCUGCUAAUGGUGCUGGCGAUUCCGAUGGAAGAAACACUAAUACUAAUGCAAGGGCCACUAGAAGCAACUAA